GCAGCCCGGACCUCGACUCCGCGGAGCUCCCGGCGCGGGGCUCGCCCUCCCGGGACUGAGUCAGCGCCGGGGCCCCGGAGUUCGGCGGGAGGCGCAGGGCGGGGCUUCCUCCCGCCGACUCGGGAGCCCAGCUCUACUUUUCCGAGUCCACGUCUCUGCCGUCUGACAGGCGUGGUUCAUCCAGGUCGGGCCUGGCCGACGUGACAGCCCCGGUGCUGUCCAGAGGAUCCAUCUCCUUCCCCUCCGCCCUCCAGUCCCUCCCCGGGGCCUGGGCGGCCACUGAGCGAGCGAGCGAGCGACCGACCAGAGCGCGCGCGCGGCCACUCGAGCCCCGCCGGCCGGCCGAACCCUUUCGGAUAGCUCGAGCGCCGAGCGCGGCUUCGGGGCCAUGGAGACCGGCUCGGACUCAGAUUCUUUAUACAAUUGCCUUUGUACGAGUGGAUGAACAUACCAUUGGUGAUCCAGAGGAUUUUUGACAAGAUUGGAUAAACCAUGUAUCACAUUGAUUGUAGAGAUCAGCUUGAACGGGUCUUUUUACGACUUGGCCAUGCUGAAACAGAUGAACAGUUACAAAAUAUUAUAUCUAAAUUCCUUCCUCCUGUUUUGCUCAAAUUAUCCAGCACCCAAGAAGGAGUACGGAAAAAGGUAAUGGAACUACUGGUUCAUUUGAAUAAGCGUAUAAAAAGCCGCCCCAAAAUACAACUCCCAGUAGAGACAUUGUUGGUUCAGUACCAGGAUCCUGCUGCAGUUUCCUUUGUCACAAAUUUUACUAUAAUUUAUGUUAAGAUGGGCUAUCCUCGUCUGCCAGUAGAAAAGCAAUGUGAACUGGCCCCUACACUUCUUACUGCCAUGGAGGGGAAGCCUCAGCCACAGCAGGACAGCUUAAUGCAUCUUUUAAUACCAACCCUUUUUCACAUGAAAUACCCUGUUGAAUCAUCAAAAUCAGCUUCUCCGUUUAAUCUUGCUGAGAAACCAAAGACUGUGCAGCUGCUUUUGGACUUCAUGUUAGAUGUUCUUCUAAUGCCUUAUGGAUAUGUGUUAAAUGAAACCCAGAGUCGCCAAAAUUCGUCAUCAGCACAGAGUUCUUCGAACAGUGGGGGAGGUUCUGGAAUCCCACAGCCUCCCCCAGGAAUGAGCUUUUACGCAGCUAAACGCGUUAUCGGUGAUAACCCAUGGACACCCGAACAGUUGGAGCAGUGCAAAUUGGGCAUAGUGAAAUUCUUAGAAGCUGAACAGGUGCCUGAACUCGAGGCUGUUCUCCACCUGGUGAUUGCUUCUAGUGAUACUCGCCACAGUGUGGCAACAGCAGCAGACCUGGAAUUAAAAAGCAAACAAAGCUUAAUUGACUGGAAUAAUCCUGCCAUCAUUAAUAAGAUGUGCAAGGUGUACCUUGGAGACAUACCACUGAAGACAAAAGAGGGAGCAGUUCUGAAGCCAGAGCUGAAACGAGACCCAGUCAGCACCAGAGUCAAAUUAAAGAUCGUCCCCCAUCUUCUUCGCUCUCGACAAGCUGCUGAAACGUUCCCAGCUAAUAUUCAGAUAGUAUAUGACGGACUUUUUGGUACAAAUACAAACUCAAAGUUAAGAACAUUAUCCCUGCAAUUUGUACAUCACAUUUGUAUAACCUGUCCAGAAAUCAAGAUUAAACCACUAGGUCCAAUGCUUUUGAAUGGCCUAACGAAGCUAAUCAAUGAAUAUAAAGAGGACCCUAAACUACUGUCAAUGGCAUAUUCAGCUGUUGGAAAACUCUCCAGUCGAAUGCCCCAAUUAUUUACUAAGGAUAUAGCUCUUGUGCAGCAGCUUUUUGAAGCCUUGUGCAAGGAAGAACCUGAGACUCGACUUGCUAUCCAGGAAGCAUUGUCUAUGAUGGUUGGAGCUUACAGCACUUUGGAAGGAGCACAGAGAACUUUGAUGGAGGCACUUGUGGCUUCAUACUUAAUAAAGCCUGAAGUUCAAGUUCGACAAGUGGCUGUGAAAUUUGCCAGCACGGUGUUUCCCUCAGAUCAUGUACCUUCCAGAUAUUUACUCCUACUGGCUGCAGGAGAUCCUCGAGAAGAAGUUCAUGGAGAGGCACAGCGAGUAUUAAGGUGUCUUCCUGGGAGAAACUCAAAAGAAAAUGCUUCUAAACAAAUGCCUUCUUUUCCAGAAAUGGUACAUUAUAUCCAAGAGAAGGCUUCCCAUCGAAUGAAAACUCCAGUCAAAUACAUGACUGGGACCACUGUCCUCCCAUUUAACCCAGCAGCAUUUGGAGAGAUAGUUCUAUACUUGCGCAUGUGCUUGGCUCAUAGUGCAGGAGUGGUCCCCACCUCUCAGAGUUUGGCUGAUAUGCAAGAUCAUGCUCCAGCCAUUGGUCGCUAUAUACGAACUUUAAUGUCAAGCAGCCAGGUGACACCUUCAUCAUCUUCUAAUAAGAGUGGAGAAACCAAUCCUGUUCAGAUCUACAUUGGCCUGCUACAGCAGCUGUUAGCAGGUGUUGGAGGUUUGCCUGUCAUGUAUUGUCUACUGGAAGCUGUGUCAGUAUAUCCGGAAAAACUAGCUGCCAAAUUUGUAGACAAAACAGAAUGGAUAAAGAGUCUGAUGAAUAGCAGUAAAGAAGAAAUGCGUGAAUUGGCAGCGUUGUUUUAUUCUGUGGUUGUAUCAACGGUGUCAGGAAAUGAGUUGAAGUCACUGAUAGAACAACUUAUAAAGACUACAAAAGACAAUCAUAGCCCCGAGAUACAGCAUGGAUCUUUACUUGCGUUGGGAUUCACAGUGGGAAGAUACCUGGCUAAAAAGAAAAUGAGAAUGGCCGAGCAGCAAGACCUGGAGACUGAUGCAAAUUUCCUGCCUGACCAAGAGGAGCUCAUUCAGACUGCCACAGAAACCAUAGGUUCGUUUUUGGACAGUACAUCACCACUUUUGGCGAUUGCUGCCUGUACGGCCCUGGGUGAAAUUGGGAGAAAUGGUCCACUCCCAAUCCAGAGUGAGGGGCCUGGCUUCACCAAGCUGCAUCUUGUUGAAAGCUUACUAAAUAGAAUUCCUUCUAGUAAAGAAACAAACAAGAUGAAAGAACGAGCAAUCCAAACAUUAGGAUAUUUUCCGGUUGGGGAUGGGGAUUUUCCUCAUCAGAAACUUCUCUUGCAAGGUCUGAUGGAUUCGGUGGAGGCCAAGCAGAUAGAACUUCAGUUCACCAUUGGUGAAGCCAUUACCAGUGCUGCAAUAGGAACUGCUUCCGUGGCUGCCCGAGAUGCCUGGCUUGUGACUGAAGAAGAAUAUAUUCCCCCAACUGGUGCCAAAGUGAAUGAUGUGGUCCCAUGGGUUUUGGAUGUUAUAUUAAACAAACAUAUCAUCAGCCCUAACCCACAUGUAAGGCAAGCAUCCUGCAUCUGGCUCCUUUCCCUUGUAAGGAAGCUAAGUACCCAUAAAGAAGUGAAGUCUCAUCUUAAAGAAAUUCAAAGUGCAUUUGUUUCAGUUCUGUCAGAAAAUGAUGAACUUAGCCAAGAUGUUGCCUCAAAAGGCCUUGGGUUGGUUUAUGAAUUAGGAAAUGAACAAGAUCAACAGGAGUUGGUAUCCACACUUGUAGAAACACUCAUGACUGGCAAAAGAGCUAAACAUGAAGUUUCUGGAGAGACAGUAGUGUUUCAAGGAGGAGGCCUUGGCAAAACACCUGAUGGCCAGGGGCUUUCUACAUAUAAAGAGCUAUGUUCUCUGGCAAGUGAUCUUAGUCAGCCAGAUCUGGUGUAUAAAUUUAUGAACUUGGCCAACCAUCAUGCAAUGUGGAACUCAAGGAAGGGUGCUGCUUUUGGUUUUAAUGUAAUUGCUACCAGAGCUGGAGAACAGCUUGCUCCUUUUCUGCCUCAGCUAGUUCCUCGUCUUUAUCGCUAUCAGUUUGAUCCCAACCUUGGUAUUCGACAAGCUAUGACAAGUAUCUGGAAUGCAUUGGUUACUGACAAAACAAUGGUGGAUAAGUAUUUGAAAGAAAUUCUUCAAGAUCUGAUUAAGAACCUUACCAGCAAUAUGUGGAGAGUCCGAGAAUCCAGCUGUUUAGCUUUGAAUGACUUAUUGAGAGGAAGACCCUUAGAUGACAUCAUUGAUAAACUUCCAGAAAUUUGGGAAACACUUUUUAGAGUGCAAGAUGAUAUCAAGGAGUCUGUACGCAAAGCAGCAGAAUUAGCGCUGAAAACUCUGAGCAAGGUUUGUGUGAAAAUGUGUGACCCUGCCAAAGGAGCAGCGGGCCAGAGAACCAUCGCUGUCCUCCUCCCUUGCCUUCUGGACAAAGGAAUGAUGAGUCCUGUGACAGAAGUCCGAGCCCUCAGCAUUAACACCCUUGUGAAGAUCAGCAAAAGUGCCGGAGCCAUGUUGAAACCACAUGCUCCUAAACUCAUCCCUGCUCUGCUGGAGUCUCUAAGUGUAUUGGAGCCCCAAGUUCUCAAUUAUUUGAGCCUCCGGGCUACAGAUCAAGAAAAGGCUGCGAUGGAUAGUGCUCGACUAAAUGCUGCCAAGUCGUCUCCUAUGAUGGAAACUAUCAACAUGUGCCUGCAAUAUCUUGAUGUGUCAGUGUUGGGUGAACUAGUUCCUAGGUUAUGUGAACUGAUCAGAAGUGGCGUAGGUCUUGGAACUAAGGGAGGCUGUGCCAGUGUCAUUGUGUCUUUAACCACUCAGUGCCCACAGGACCUAACACCUUACUCAGGUAAACUUAUGAGUGCUUUGCUUAGUGGCCUGACAGAUCGGAAUAGUGUGAUUCAGAAAUCCUGUGCAUUUGCUAUGGGCCAUUUAGUCCGGACCUCGCGGGAUAGCAGUACUGAAAAACUGCUGCAGAAGCUUAAUGUCUGGUAUAUGGAGAAAGAAGAACCCAUCUAUAAGACCUCUUGUGCUUUGACUAUUCAUGCAAUUGGACGAUACAGCCCAGAUGUAUUGAAAAACCAUGCCAAAGAAGUUCUGCCCUUGGCAUUUCUAGGCAUGCAUGAAAUAAUUGAUGAGGAAAAACCUGAAAAAGAAGAAUGUGACUUAUGGACUGAAGUUUGGCAGGAAAAUGUGCCUGGCUCCUUUGGAGGUAUUCGAUUAUACCUGCCAGAGUUGAUUACCAUUACCCAGAAGGCUUUACAGUCUCAGUCUUGGAAAAUGAAAGCCCAGGGUGCAAUCGCCAUGGCAUCAAUUGCAAAACAAACCAGCAGUCUUGUACCUCCAUAUCUGGGGAUGAUACUGAGUGCGUUGCUACAAGGCCUGGCUGGAAGAACAUGGGCAGGAAAGGAAGAACUAUUGAAAGCCAUUGCCUGUGUGGUGACAGCUUGCAGUGCAGAGCUGGAAAAGUCUGUGCCCAGUCAACCCAGCACAAAUGAAAUUCUUCAAGCUGUUUUGAAGGAAUGUUGCAAAGAGAACCUCAAAUACAAGAUUGUAGCAAUCAGCUGUGCAGCUGAUGUUUUAAAAGCCACCAAAGAGGACAGAUUCCAGGAGUUUUCUCACAUUGUCAUACCUCUCAUCAAGAAGAACUCACUUGAAAGCAUGGGAGUUCAGACAACCAAAUCUGAAGAUGAAAAUGAGAAGGAAAGGGAGCUGCAGCUGGAGUCUUUGCUGAGUGCCUUUGAGAGCCUGGGCAAAGCCUGGCCCAGAAACGUGGAGACUCAACGUUGUUAUCGUCAGGAACUGUGCAAGCUGAUGUGUGAACGGCUGAGACUCAGCACCUGGAAAGUGCAGCUAGGGGUCCUGCAGUCGAUGAAUGCCUUUUUUCAGGGGUUAAUGCUUUUGGAAGAGGAACACGCAGAUCCUGAGGCUUUGACGGAAAUUCUCCUUGAAACUUGUAAAUCAAUCACAUAUUCUUUAGAAAAUAAGACCUACUCCUCUGUAAGAACAGAAGCUUUGUCUGUGAUAGAAUUACUGCUUAAGAAACUUAAAGAAUCUAAACAGUGGGACAGUUUGACAUCUGAAUGCAGGGUGCUCCUGAUUGAGUCUUUAGCCACUAUGGACACGGACAGCAGACCUGAGCUGCAAGAAAAAGCAUCGUUUCUAAAGAAGACACUUGAAAAUCUGGAGUAAAGGGGAAUGGGAAGAUACAAACAAUUGCUGUGGUCACUGGGGGUUGAAAUGGUGUUCUUUAAGAUACCAAGUGGGGAAAAGUAAAGAUUAAUCUGUAGCAUGCAUCAUUCCUUGGCUGAAAUAAUAAUAAUAAAAGCCUUAAAUUUU